CACGGAGGAUGUUAUCAGCCAAUCAAAGCACGAGGAAAGACACGCCCUUAAAAGGAUGACCAAUCAGAUGCCUGCUUUAAAAAAUAAGGGCGGAACUUUUUCCAUAGAGAGGAGGAGGGCAGGAAGUCGCGAAUCUUAGCGUGUAUGCUAAUAUGUAUAUUGCCACACCUUAUAGGUCCAUCAUCCACAAACAAGAAUGGAUAUAAGUUAGCAAUGACUGGAGAGAAAAAGAAGAAGAAAAAGCGGCUGAACCGCAGCAUUCUUCUGGCUAAGAAAAUCAUUAUUAAAGAUGGACGCACUCCACAGGGGAUUGGCGAACCCAGUGUCUACCAUGCCGUGGUGGUUAUCUUCCUGGAGUUCUUUGCCUGGGGACUGCUCACCACUCCCAUGCUUACGGUGUUACAUCAGACAUUCCCCAAGCACACAUUCCUGAUGAACGGGCUUAUUCAUGGUGUCAAGAAAUUCCAGGAUUUUAUCCUGCAGUUCUAG